UGCAGCCCUCCUGCCUUGAGUGUGGGAGCACACUUUUUUUGUUUUAAGACUCAGCGUGGAGAGAAAGCCUCCGUCCCAGGGGAGGAGAGGCGUCUGCGGGGGGGCAGAGACCGCAGCUACCUGCCGGGUGCGCCCCCCGCCCCAGGCACGCCGGCGUUCGUCCCCCCUUUCUCUCCCGCUCCCACCUCCUCAUUGGUGCUGGUUUGCAGCGCUCGGCUCCUGCGCCUUCGCUUCGCGUUUGAAUCUGGCUCGCCCCUCCGUAUUAUGUCUGCACUCCGAAGGAAAUUUGGGGACGAUUACCAGGUAGUGACGACCUCGUCCAGCGGCUCGGGCUUGCAGCCCCAGGGGCCGGGCCAGGGCCCGCAGCAGCAGCUUGUGCCCAAGAAGAAGCGACAGCGGUUCGUGGACAAGAACGGCCGGUGCAAUGUCCAGCACGGCAACCUGGGCAGUGAGACGAGCCGCUACCUCUCGGACCUCUUCACCACCCUGGUGGACCUCAAGUGGCGCUGGAACCUCUUCAUCUUCAUUCUCACCUACACCGUGGCCUGGCUCUUCAUGGCGUCCAUGUGGUGGGUGAUUGCCUACACUCGGGGCGACCUGAACAAAGCCCACGUCGGCAACUACACGCCCUGCGUGGCCAAUGUCUAUAACUUCCCUUCGGCCUUCCUCUUCUUCAUCGAGACCGAGGCCACCAUCGGCUAUGGCUACCGCUACAUCACCGACAAGUGCCCCGAGGGCAUCAUCCUCUUCCUCUUUCAGUCUAUUCUCGGCUCCAUCGUGGACGCCUUCCUCAUAGGCUGCAUGUUCAUCAAGAUGUCCCAGCCCAAGAAGCGCGCGGAGACCCUGAUGUUUAGUGAGCACGCGGUGAUCUCUAUGAGGGACGGAAAACUCACGCUCAUGUUCCGAGUGGGCAACCUGCGCAACAGCCAUAUGGUCUCCGCGCAGAUCCGCUGUAAGCUGCUCAAAUCUCGGCAGACACCUGAGGGUGAGUUCCUUCCCCUUGAUCAACUUGAACUGGAUGUAGGUUUUAGUACAGGGGCAGAUCAACUUUUUCUUGUUUCCCCCCUCACGAUUUGCCACGUGAUUGAUGCCAAAAGCCCCUUUUAUGACCUAUCCCAGCGAAGCAUGCAAAGUGAACAAUUCGAGAUUGUCGUCAUCCUAGAAGGCAUUGUGGAAACAACUGGGAUGACUUGUCAAGCUCGAACAUCAUACACUGAAGAUGAAGUUCUUUGGGGCCACCGUUUUUUCCCUGUAAUUUCCUUAGAAGAAGGAUUCUUUAAAGUUGAUUACUCCCAGUUCCAUGCAACAUUUGAAGUCCCCACGCCACCUUACAGUGUGAAAGAACAGGAGGAAAUGCUUCUUAUGUCAUCCCCUUUAAUAGCACCAGCCAUAACUAACAGCAAAGAAAGACAUAAUUCUGUGGAAUGCUUAGAUGGACUAGAUGACAUUAGUACCAAACUUCCAUCUAAGCUGCAGAAAAUCACUGGAAGAGAAGACUUUCCCAAAAAACUCUUGAGAAUGAGUUCUACAACUUCUGAAAAAGCCUACAGCUUGGGCGAUUUGCCCAUGAAACUUCAACGAAUAAGUUCAGUACCUGGCAACUCAGAAGAAAAACUGGUAUCUAAAACCACCAAAAUGUUGUCUGAUCCCAUGAGCCAGUCGGUGGCUGAUUUGCCACCAAAGCUUCAAAAGAUGGCCGGAGGAGCAGCCAGGAUGGAAGGGAAUCUUCCGGCAAAACUAAGAAAAAUGAACUCUGAUAGAUUCACAUAACAAAACACCCCUUCAGGCAUUAUUUACUGUUUGAUUUGGUAAUAGUCCAAUAUUUGGCUGAUGAGGUAAUCCUCUCUAAGGGAUCUGAAAGGUACAUUUUUUCCCCCAGUCAUAUAUACAUAUUUGAGAACCCUUCCUUUUCAAGUAUUGCUAAUGUGCAAAAGAAAAAGUUGUAAAGGGAGGACAUCAGAAGGAAGUUCUUAUUAACGGGCAUGUAUUAUCACAUCAAGCAUGCAAUAAUGUGCAAAUUUUACAUUUAGUUUUAUGGCAUGAUUUAUAUAUGGUAUAUUUAUAUUGUAUAUUCUGGAAAAUGUAUAUAUAUAUAUUUAAAGGGGUGGUACCCUGCACAACAUUUCUAACAUACGUAUUAAGCCAAACAUGAAUUGAUAGCU